AUGUCCGAUCGUGUUGUAAGUUUGUUAUCGCCUACCAAUUCAGACAGUAGCUCUAGUACAAUUUCUAUUAAUUCUCGUUCAUCGAUUACCAUUGAAUCAACUAAACAAGGUGGUCGACAACGUGAUGUCAUCUGGUCACACUUUCAUGAUAUGGGUCCUGCGAAGACACCAGGUCAUCGAAAAGCAAAGUCACAUCAGUGCGAGGAAAUUGUUCUUUGUAAUCCACAAGCACGUAAAUAUAUUAUUAUGAAAAUGCGUGACAUGGAUAAUCAAUCAUCACCAUCAACAAAUAAAAGACGCGAGACAGAGAUUCAAACAACAUAUAAGGAUUCAUUGCGACAUAAACAAUAUACAAUAGAUAGAUUUACAUCCAGAAUUAUUCCGUUAGCUGAACAACAAACCAUUGAUCGAUGUUUAUUACGAGCUAUUAUUAUGAAUGAUUUAUCAUUUCGCAUAACUGAAAAUGAUUUUUUUAUUGAAUUUGUUAAAAAACUGAAUCCAUCUUAUGAUUUACCAGCUCGAAAAUAA